CUUGACUCCACCUACCAGACAGAGCCACGCCCCCCCAAGCAGUUCGUUCGGAUUCUGCGCGCGAGCCGAGCGCUACGCUAUGCUAACCGGCUAGCGGGAUGUUUUAAUCGGUUUAGAAUAAAAAUGACCUCUGAAGACCUGGCAGCUGGGAGAUGGUCGGCGGCUGCGGCCGGGCGGCUGGUGAUGGACGUGAUGCAGUCGGAGUGGGAGCCUCUGUCUCACUGUGAGCUGGAGCAGCGUCUUGACCAGGCCGUGGAGGAAAUCCUGGAGGCGGAGCUGAUGUCCGGUGUGCAGGGGUGGGGCCAGGGGCAGAGCCGGAGCGUGUACACUCGGGUCUCUCGGCAGGAGGAGACGAUCACACGCACAUCAGCGCACGCUGAAACCUCACACACGUCCACUUCAGCCUCGCUCCUGUAUCAGGCAGAAGGAGAACCUGCUUCAGAGAACCAGCAGCAUGUGGCUGAGAUAGAGGAGAACCCCACAGUGCAGUACCUCACGUCUCUUCUCCAGAAGUUGAAGUGGAGAGACAGUCAAAGGCGUCUGAAGGGAAGAUCUCGCUUGUCCUUGUCCCACACGGUGUUCCUGUCCCUCACUCUGCUGUCCACUCAUCUCAGUUACCGCUCUGUAUCCUCCACCUUCCGCCUGGAGAAAGGGAACAUCCACCGCAUCUUCUUUUCCUUCUGCCACAGAGUCAACACACUGCAGGAUCAGAUCAUCCGCUGGCCCACCGGUCAGGAGGCAUCCGAUCUCCUGCUGCCCUUCUCCAGCUGCCUGGGUUAUGAUGAGAAGCUCCAGCAGAAAGGUCUCCCUAAAGUCCUGGGCGUGUUGGGCCACACCCGCAUCCCAUUCCGCUUUCCUCCCGGUAAGCAGGACUCAGAGAGCGACGCUCCGCAUGCCAAGCGGCUCAGGAAGGGUUCUCCCCCGGACCACUGGUUAAACCUAGAGCUGGUGUGUGACGCCGAGGGUCGGUUCAUCCACUGCAGCGUCAGCCAAGGUUCUCACAGGAACCCAGGUGAAGCUCUGAGUCAUAUAUUAGCACAGAACCCAGAGCUCCUGCCUCCUGGAACCUGCCUGUUAGCCGGAGCUGGAUACCCACUCACGCGGCACAUCCUCACGCCGUUCCGUACCGCACGGAACCCGCAGGAGAACCUGUACAACAGAGUGCUGGAGACGCACCUGAGGAGGCUGGAGCAGGCCAUGGCUGACCUGAAAAAGCGCUUCAGAAGAUUGAGCUAUCUGGACGUGGGAAAGUGUGAGAGAGCCGCAGUCGUGGUGCUGACCUGCUGCAUACUGCACACCGCACUGCUGGACGCUGGCUACACCACCACAGGGCAGGUGGAGAUACACACCAGGGUGGAGGGAGAGGAGGAGGAAGAGAAAGAAGAGGAAGGUGUGAAAGAGGAAGCUGGAGUCAAACUGAGAGAAAUGGUCAUUAAUCUACUGUACGGAGCUCUGGACUCUGGGACACAGGAACACGAGGAACAUGAUGGACAUGAGGGUUUCAUCACUCAGAUCAGGUUUUCACAGCAGAUCAAACACGAUAUUAAACACCUGAUAAAGGAAAUGACAUCACUGCCAGAUCAGAGCGUCCUACAGGAACACUGUCCAAAAACUCUCCGAUAUUUACACUUCAAAAAAAAAAAAACUGACCAGAACAGAGAAGAUGAAGAGUUAAGAACACUGCUGUGUUUGUGUGUGUGACCUCUGCCUCUGUUUGUCCCGGUCAGCACAGAGACGAGUGUUAGGAUGAGAGCACUUUCCUCCUGCCCUCAUCAUCAUCAUCAUCAUCAUCACACUUCUGGGCUCAUGCAGGAUACAAAAGACGAUCAUUUUUGAUUCUGUGUUUUAUAUCUGAAACCUCUGGUGUGUUCAUGCCAGUGUUAAACAUCUGUAUUUAUUACAGCAAACUCUGAUGUGUAGAAUGUUUACUUUUUCUAAGUAUAAAUAAAAAACAUUCAAAAGUUUCUAAAGAAUGUUUUUUUUUGCUUUAUAACACCUCUCUUAAGUUAAACCUAAAACCUCCUGAUGUUUAGUUUUGCUGCCUGACGAUUAAUCCUGACUCUGAUAUGUAAAUGAGAUGCAAAUGAGCCGUCAUGCACCGCAGGUCAACCAGUGGGAAAGUGGGCGGAGUAUAUUAGCAUAAAUAUUUUUAACCUAAUUUGCAUAUUUACAAAAUGGUGAGCUGUUGAAAGGAUUAAAGUGUCAGUAGAUUUCUGAUGUGAAUAAACACACACACACACA